AUGUACCGAAGCCCACAGAUACACCGGGCGAUCGUUCUUAUCACGCCGGCGCCCACCGAGACCAAGUCGCCGAUCCUCGACAACCUUCUUGGCAAGACGGACGCAGUGUCCACGACGGCGCCACUGGAAGACGCACUCUUGUCCAAGCAGACACCGGCGCCGACGACGAUUCCAGCGGUUGUCACGAUCAACCCCGACGAUCUCAACAAGCUCAAGGAUCUCAACAAUCUCGGUACGACCGCGCCGCCAUCGUCCGGGUCGAGCUCGGGCUCGAAAGCCGUUGCGAACGACCAUAGCGAGAACAAGAACCGUGGCAAGGGUGGGUCGGACGCCACCGUCGCCGACACGAAGCGCGACGUCACGACCGGGUCCGAAUCGGCGGCCGAGCAGACCGUGCGCUACACCGCGUCGGCGGUCGUCGGUAUCACGGUCGUCAUCCUCGCCUUCUUCCAGUUCCUCGCCAUGAACCCGUCCUACAUUGCGGGCGAAACCGCGCGCGAGCGCCUCUUGGCGCCCAACGCGUGGGAGCUGCCGCUCUUUGUGUCAUUUGUGCAGCAAGCCGGCGUGCUCGCCCUCGCCCGCAACGCCAAGGUGCCGCAGCUCUUCUACACCAACUUUUUGGACUCGCUCUCAUGGCUCGUGUUUCUCAUUCGCGGAAGCGCGCCCAGCAAGGCGGCGAGUGGCGCCGUCUCGAGCGUCCAGCUGGUCGGAUACCGCCGACUCGCCGAGUACGAUGCGAUUGGCUUUGUGCAGUUUGCUGUCCGGUCCGAUGUCCGCGAACGCGACUGGUUCCUCCGCGUCUGGGUCGCGCUGCUCAUUGUGCUCGCGCUCCUGCUCGUGUGCGUCAUUGCGACCGCGCUCUUUGCAAAGUGGGCGUCCCAGCGCGGCAACCCGUUCCAUACCGAGACGUCCGACUCGCACAAGCGCAGCGUGAACCUCCGGUCCAUCUCGCGCCGCCUCCUCGGCAUGUGUGUCAUUGUCGGGUACCUCGUGUUGCUGCCGUUGACGAUGAUUGCGCUCUUUGAGCUCCUCCAAGAUGCGUCCACGUCCGGCUUUCCGCAUGGCAAUGCGAUUCUGGCGCUCGUGACCUUGGUGCUCAUCUUGGCGGUGCUCCUCUACGGUAUGGUGUCGCUCUACCGCUUGACCGAGGCCGGUCUCUCCAAGUGGCAGACGCGCGUCGUCUUUGGCGUGCUCUACUCGUCGUACACGUACAGCUGCCGGCUCUUUUUCGCGGCGCCCGCGCUCGUGCAAAUUGCAACCGGCGUGCUCAUUGCGUCGGUGACGACGGACCCGCUCACGCAGCUUCUUUUGCUCAUCGCGGUGCACCUCGUGUACGUCGGGGCUCUCGUUGCACUUCGGCCGUGCGAGUGCUCGGCGCACUUUGGGUUUAUCCUGGGCGCCGAGGCUGCGAUCGUGUUGAUUUACGGCCUCGCCGCGGGCAUGACGGACGCGUCUCUCUCGGUCGAGACGCAAAAGACGCUGUCGUACGUCAUUCUGAUCCUGCUCUGCAUCGUCUUUGUCGGUAUGUUUGUGCGCCAGUUGCUCCUCCUCUGGACGUACUCGUCGGGCUGGACCAAGGAAGGCAACGAGUCGUACUCGGGUCUCCCGACACUCCACGACCACGACAUGAUGGAGAGCGGUCCUGGACAGUACACGAUUUCGCUCCAGGGCUCGGAUUUGAACAGCUCGCGCGGCUACGACUCCCAGCAGACCGACAGCCCGACCAACACCAUUCGCAUUGUUGACGGCCACAAGCAGAUCCAAAUCUAA